AUGGAGGCAUUAUUCACCGUAUGGACGGCGCUGAUUGUCACUGUGGCAGCAGAUCUCACCUGUGACAUAUACUUUCUGCUGUCCGCCAACAUCUCAGCUCGCACACUGGCCCUCCUGAAUCAUACAUUCUCUCUGUCCCUUUCUUCAGGUGCAUACUGUGACACGUCUAUAGAUGGCAUUGGCACUUGUUGGCCUAAAAGCAGUGGUGGAGUUGUGGCUCGGCCCUGUCCGGAGUUCCUCAAUGGUGUUCGCUACAACUCCUCUAACAACGUGUACCGAGAAUGCCUCGCCAAUGGAACGUGGGCAGUGAAGGGGAACUACUCACAAUGUCAUCCCAUUCUGACGGAAGAGAAUAAACGCAAGCUGCACUACCGGGUGGCGGUGGUCAUCAACUACUUGGGCCACUGUAUCUCCUUCGCUGCCCUGCUGCUGGCCUUCCUCCUCUUCAUGCGCCUCAGGAGCAUCCGUUGUUUGAGGAACAUCAUCCACUGGAACCUCAUCACGGCGUUCAUCCUGAGGAACGGCACCUGGUUCGUGGUCCAGCUCACCAUGAGCCCCGAUGUCCAUGAAAGCAAUGUGGUCUGGUGCCGCCUGGUGAUAGCUGCAUAUAACUAUUUCCAUGUGACAAACUUCUUCUGGAUGUUUGGGGAGGGCUGUUACCUGCACACGGCCAUCGUGCUCACCUACUCCACGGACAAACUCAGGAAGUGGAUGUUCAUCUGCAUUGGCUGGUGUAUUCCGUUGCCGAUUAUAGUGGCCUGGUCGAUUGGAAAGCUGUAUUAUGACAACGAGAAGUGCUGGUUUGGAAAGCGGGCUGGUGUCUACACAGACUACAUCUACCAAGGACCCAUGAUCUUUGUACUGCUGAUCAAUUUCAUUUUCCUGUUUAACAUCGUAAGAAUCCUAAUGACAAAGCUGAGAGCCUCAACCACGUCUGAGACAAUUCAGUACAGGAAGGCGGUGAAGGCCACUUUGGUUCUGCUGCCUCUUCUGGGCAUCACCUACAUGCUGUUCUUCGUCAACCCGGGGGAGGGCGAGGUCUCCCAAAUCGUAUUCAUCUACUUCAACUCUUUUCUAGAGUCCUUCCAGGGCUUUUUUGUUUCUGUGUUCUACUGCUUUCUCAACAGUGAAGUUCGGUCUGCUGUUCGAAAGCGCUGGCAUCGCUGGCAAGACAAGCAUUCCAUUCGCGCCCGCGUGGCCCGAGCCAUGUCCAUCCCCACUUCUCCGACGCGCGUCAGCUUCCACAGUAUUAAGCAGUCGUCAACUGUGUAA